AGCAGAAUCUAAUCUUUCCAUCUUCAAGGUUAGCCCUGGAAGACCUCCUACGCCCAUCGCAACUGCUCCUAUAAAAACGGAUGGCAACUCCAUUUUCAAUCGUCAGUUACCGACGAGUUCUCAGUACAGUCUUCUCAACUCGAAAAAGAAAUGAAUCCAUUGAUCUUGGUCACCCUUUUGGUUGCCGCCGCUUCGGCAGCACCUACCAAUUUGGUCAAUCCCGCCGUGCCAUGCGCUCACGGAGUUGCCGCUGUAGCUUACGCCGCUGCCCCGGUCCCUGCUGCCCUGACAUACGCCGUGCCUCAGGCCGUUCAUGUUGCUGUUAAACCCCAAAUCACCUACGACUUCCCAGCACCAGUCUCAGCUCCUGCUCCUGCCCCAGUUGCAGUUGCUGUCCCUGCUCCUGUUAAAGUUGAGUAUGACUUCCCUGCUCCCGUCUCCGCCCCAGCUCCCGCCCCCGUUGUAGCUGUUGCUGCUCCAGCCCCUGUCAAAGUUGAGUACGAUUUCCCUGCUCCCAUCUCUGCUCCUGCACCUGCACCAGUUGCCAUUGCUGCUCCCGCACCCGUUGAGGUUAUUAAGAACACCAUCGAGUACGACUUCCCUGCUCCCAUCUCCGCACCAGCUCCUGCUCCCGUCGUAGCUGUUGCUCCAGUUGCUGUUGCUGCUCCAGCCCCUGUUAAAGUCGAAUACGAUUUCCCUGCUCCCAUCUCAGCUCCUGCUCCUGCCCCAGUUGCUGUUGCUGCUCCCGCUCCAGUUGUCUACGCUGCACCUGCCCCAGUCAAGGUUGAGUAUGACUUCCCUGCUCCCAUCUCCGCUCCUGCCCCAGCUCCCGUUGCUGUUGCUGCCCCAGCUCCAGUUGCUUACGCCGUUCCAGCACCAGUCCAGGUUGCAGCCCCAGCUCCAGUCGCUUACGCCGUUCCAGCACCAGUCCAAGUUGCAGCUCCAGCUCCAGUUCACGUUGUCCCUCACGCCUUUGAGACACGCGUCCACUACGCCGAGACUCCCGUUGUCGUCGGACAAACUGCCCACAUCAUAAAGCCCAACUUGGGAGCUGGUGCCCAUGUCACCAACUUUGACUUUAUGGGACUCGCUCAGACCAAAGGUGUUGCCCAGGAAUCCUACGUCCAGAAAUCGAAAGUCUUGGCCCCGGCUCGCAGCGUCUCCGAGAUCACUCCGCAGGUGACUGUCCAGCACCCGACCAAAGUCAACGUGCAGAAGGUCGCUGUUGAGGUGCCCGUGGCCGCUCCCUACGCCCAGCCCUACCCCGUUCCAGUUGCUCCCCAAUACGAAAUCCACCAAUACCAUCACGCUGUUGCCACUCCCGCUGUCCACAUGGUCAACGGUGUCCCAUGCGCAGAACACAAGAAGACCUAUUAAAUGAACUCCACUAUAUUGUCAUGUUGCAUCUACACGGAAGCUCAUAACAUUUAAUGAAUGAUUUGGUUCGAUCAGAUUAUGCAAUGUUAAUAGUGAAAUACAUGUUGUUAUUGUUA